AUGGGCUCAGCCGAGGUCCGCAUGGCUGUGUCUAAGAAGGAAGGGUGGUGUCCAGUGUUGGGACUGCGCCCCGGAAGGUUGCUACCUAGGCCACUUCAAGGCGCGGCGUUGGAAGGCGUGGGCCACAGCUCGGAGAACGUGAGUGAAUGGUACAAGGGAGGUGCUCAGAGGGCUGGGGGAAAGAUGGCGGUGGCGGGCGUGGGGCCGGGCAAGAGCCGGGGAGCAAGUGGACAUCGCUGUCUCGCUUGUCUAUGGUGGAGGGGAGCGCGCCUGCGCAAGCACCAGGUUGCCUGGUUCAGUUAA